GACAGGAUGCCUAAAAAAUUUUUUAAGUCCUUUAAUUCAAGAACUAAAUUUUCUAAAAGAAAAUGGCUUUGUAGAUAAUUUUGAUAAGUGUUGGAAAGUAUCUUUAUAUAUUUCAAGUGAUUGGAAGUUCCUAGCAACUGUUCUUGGAUUUAAUGCUGCUAAUUCAAACUAUUUUUACCGCUUUAUUUCAAUGAUUCCACUUGAUCAUUGGGUCAUUGAUGAAUUACAUCUAAUGCUCAGGGUAAUGGAUUGUUUGCUUAGUUUAUUAUUUAAUGAAAUUAAAAUUACCCAAUCUAGCAACAAAAAUUUCUCAGAGGCUUUAAGAAAAACUGUACAAGAAGAAAUGGAGAGAAUUAAAGUUCCUUUUAAAUUUUCAUUGGCAGAAAAUUCUAAACAGUGGACAUAUACAUCACUUAUGGGUCCUGACAAGUUAAAAAAAUUGUGGGAUGAUUUUGCUGAUUUAUAUAGCAACAUGUGUGAUCCAAUUUAUAAUUCUUUGCAAUUUCAAAAUGAUGCCUUAUUAUGGUUUAAGAAAUUUUUAAUGAAAUCUCAAGGUAGUCCUUUACAAAAUAAUUUUAUUGAAGGCUUGUAUAAUGCAUCUGACAUGACUCCAUAUAUACAUGUACUUGUAUAUCAUGUACAUGAAUUUAUGAGUCUUCAUCAAGAUUUGGCCUUAAAUCUUUUUCUUGUUCACCAGUGGAGAAAAAAAACCACAUGCAUAUUAAUAAAUUUUUCAAUAAAACUUUUAAAGAUGGUGGAAAUUCAAAUAGAAAAUCAGCAAUUUAUGAAAUAA